ACUAGCUAACACAAGUCAGUACGCUGCUAGCUCUCAAACGGAACGGAUAUAUAGUCUAGUAGUUUUCGGAUCCAUUACAAUGGCCACCAGCAAAUGGGAAUCUGAUGAGGAGAUCCAGUACUUCCGAGAGUAUCUGCGCAUUCCCAGUGUUCAUCCCGAUCCGGAUUAUAAACCAUGCGUCGACUUUCUCAGGCGUCAGGCCAAGCAGAUGGACCUCCCUAUGAACAUUUUCUAUCCAGCAAAUGAUAAAAAUCCCGUGGUGAUUCUGACAUGGAAGGGUCUCAAGCCCGAGUUGCCCAGCAUUCUGCUGAACUCCCACAUGGAUGUAGUACCAGUAUUCCCCGAAAACUGGACUCAUCCUCCUUUCGGUGCUGAUAUCGAUGAGGAGGGUCGCAUCUUCGCCCGGGGAACUCAGGAUAUGAAAAGCGUGGGAAUGCAGCAUCUUGCAGCUAUUAGGGCUCUUAAGAAAAGUGGAGCCAAGUUUAAGCGAACUAUUCACAUUUCCUUCGUAGCAGAUGAAGAAAUGGGCGGUCGCCAUGGCAUGCGACCCUUUGUUCCCACUCAGGAUUUCCGCGACCUUAACGUGGGAUUUGCAAUGGAUGAGGGUUUGGCCUCACCCGACGAGCACCUGCCACUUUUCUAUGCAGAGCGGGCAGUUUGGCGUGUCUAUUUCAAUAUCAGUGGAUCGGCAGGGCAUGGCUCCCUUUUGCUGCCCAACACAGCUGGUGAGAAGCUUAACUACAUAGUGGGAAAGAUGAUGGAGUUCCGUAGAAGCCAAGUCCAGAGAUUGGAGAACAAUCCAGACUUGGUCAUUGGCGAUGUGACGACCAUUAAUUUGACCAAAGUUGGAGGCGGAGUUCAGAGCAAUGUGGUGCCUCCUCAGCUGAUGGUGUGCUUCGACUGCCGUUUGGCUCUGGAUUUGAAUAUUGAGGAGUUCGAAGCUAAUCUCCACAAAUGGUGUGAGGAUGUGGGCGGUGGCAUUGAGAUCACCUAUGAGCAAAAGCAACCCAAGGUUCAACCCACUGCCAUCGAUGACAGCAAUCCUUUUUGGGUGGCUUUCAAAAAGGCCACCGAUGAGCUGAAAAUCUCCAUUAAGCCGCAAAUAUUUACUGGAGGAACUGACAGCAGAUACAUCCGGGCAGUGGGCAUUCCAGCCUUGGGCUUCUCACCUAUGGACAACACACCUGUUCUACUCCACGAUCACGAUGAGUUCAUUCAGGCCGACACCUAUCUGAGGGGUAUUCAGAUAUUCCAGAAAAUUAUAAGCAACGUAGCUAGUGUCUAGUUAAUCUGUGUUUGAUCUUUGUUCCAUAUGAUAACGGUUAUAAGAUAAAUAAACUUAAAGAUAUGUCUUCGACAAACAUUUGGCAUC